UCCUAUAACGCUCCUUCCUAAGGUUUGGGCGGAAAAUCGUGUUGGUGGUGACACAGGUGGUGACAGCACUGACCUCGCUAAGCCUCUGUUUCCUCACCAACUUCAUCGCCAUCCUCAUCGUCCGCUUCAUCAUGGGAUCCGUCAACCUCCUCACCUUCUUCAUCCUUGCGUUGGAAGUGUGCGAGCCAAAGCAUCGGGGCACAGUGGGCAUCCUAACAGGCUUACCGUGGGCACUGGGCACGAUGGCGUGGGGUGCCAUGGCUUACCUAAUUCGUGACUGGCGGUGGUUGCAGGCUGCCGUGUCUCUCCCCACAGUUCUCAACUUCUUUCCCCUAUACUUCAUGGACGAGUCACCUCGCUGGCUUAUAGUGAACGGCCAACACGACAGUGCCCUCCGUGUCCUACAGAAGGCCGCCCGCUGGAACAAUGCUACCAUCCCGCUUGAAGAGGACCUCCGUGACCUUAUGAGGAAUAUUCAGGAUGAGGUAACCUCUUAUGAUCAUUUCAUUUUCAUGUAAAGAGUAAGAUAUGUUAUGGCAGU